AUGUCCGGCAUGGCCAACGACCCUUGGUAUGAUGUGUAUACGUCGCUCAAGCGCGUCUUCGACAAGCUGCCUUCGGAGUUUGACAAGGACGUGUACGGGUUUGUCGACACGAAUCCGGCGCUGACCAUCUACACGCAGAUCGGGCUCGUCGCGACGUCGAAGCUGAUCAUCCCGGUCGCCGCCGACGAGUUCUCUGCGGUCGCCGUCAACGAGAUCUUCACGCGCGUCUACGCGAUGAGCGAGCCGGCCGAGAAUGCGCUCAAAGACAUGUCGGAGGAGUCGUUUGAGUACAAGACGCCGCUCCACUCCAAGGGGAACGCGCACUAA